UUGAUACUUUACGAGAAAAAAAUCGUGAAAAUUUGCAUCAUGCUGUUUUGCAAAAACCGCCAUCUUGGAAAAACUGAGAGGGGAAAAAGAGUUCAUAACCAGUGUUUUCGAAAUGUCAGACAUUGAGGAGACCUUUGCUAGCGAUAAUAUGGUUAUUCAGGUGCAGCAACAAUAACGAAAAUCGAUUUGAAAGAAAAAGGACUUAAAAAAUUCUUGAUUCUUUAAUUAAAAACGCAAAAAUAAUGAAUAUUUUGAUUUUAAUUUACAAAAUAAAUGCCAGAUUCUGAAAGAGUACUCUCGCAAACCCCCUGUUUAAGAUUUUAAAGAAUUUUUCCUUUGUUCCUCAGUCAAAACUGUGUAUCUGAAAUUGCCUAUCCAAAAUAGUCGUUUAUUUGCACAUUAACAAAUUAAAACGAACGAAAAUUCUAGUUUUAUACAUUCAAAUAAAAAUAACUGCGAGAACUGAAUGUUCCUAUUCGACACACGAAUGUAGGAUUUUAGACUGAUAUAAAGAGACGAAAUGUUUUCUCCUACUUUUGUUUUCGUUAGAGUUCCGUUUCUUAGAUUGAUAAAGACCAAUGAAUUUCGAGAUGAACGAGAGAUCCGUGGCGGACAGAGGUGGAAGAGAAUGUGUGGAAGGGUGGGGAUGACGAACGUCGUCGACCUUCUUCCUCUUUCGACUCUAAAAACUUGUCAGUUCUUGUCGAGUGCAGUGAGAGUAUCAUCGAGCUGCGGUGUGAACGAGUACGUAUAGUGAGCGUUUGAUUUCAAGUACUUGCUAAUGUUUUCGUAAAACAUCAUCGAGAGCCAACAAGAAUGGCAUCAGCCCGGUCAACGUUUUGUCAACUGCACAGAUUCACCAGAAACAUGUCAAACAAUCAGCAGGUUCUAAAUCCCCUGAAAGAAUGUACACCGAGCGAGCCUCAAAUGACUUCGAACAUUAAAUCGUACGCAGAAGUACCUGGACCAAAACCGAUCCCUGUGCUUGGCAACACUUGGCGACUCUUUCCCAUCAUCGGACAGUAUCAGAUAUCCGACGUUGCCAGAAUAUCGCAAAUUUUUUACGACCAAUACGGCGAAAUUACACGACUUUCUGGUCUCAUAGGAAGACCGGAUCUCUUGUUCGUUUACAAUGCGAACGAGAUUGAAAAAAUUUAUAGGAACGAGGGCCCAACGCCCUUUCGACCCUCCAUGCCGUGUCUCGUUCAUUAUAAAAGCGUCGCAAGACGAAAUUUCUUCGGGGAAUUACCCGGCGUUGUCGGAGUACACGGUGAACCUUGGAAAGAGUUUCGUACACGUGUCCAGAAACCGGUUUUACAGCCAAACACUGUCAGAAAAUACAUAACACCGAUCGAAGUUGUAACGAGAGAUUUUAUCAACAGGAUCGAAGGAAUCAAGGGAAAUGAUGACGAGGUUCCAGGGGACUUUGACAACGAGAUUCACAAAUGGGCUCUCGAGUGCAUAGGACGAGUGGCUUUGGAUGUUCGACUUGGAUGUCUAGACGGAAAUCUGACGCCCGAAUCUGAACCUCAAAAAAUUAUUGACGCUGCCAAAUUUGCCUUGAGAAACGUAGCAGAGUUGGAACUGAAAGCACCUUAUUGGCGAUACAUUCCAACUCCUCUCUGGUCGCGUUACGUUCGAAAUAUGGACUAUUUUGUUGAGAUUUGCACGAAACACAUCGACGCUGCGAUAAUACGACUGAAAAAUAAAAAGGACGUUGCCGAGACGGAUCUCUCGUUGGUGGAGAGAAUUUUAGCCAAAGAAACUGAUCCGAAAAUUGCGUAUAUCUUAGCUCUCGACCUCAUUUUGGUUGGAAUUGAUACGAUUUCCAUGGCUGUCUGUUCGAUUCUAUACCAAUUGGCAACGAGGCCCGAGGAGCAAGAAAAAAUUUAUCGAGAGCUAGAAAAAAUAAUACCGAACCCAACGUCUCCGCUUACAACGAAAAUGCUUGAUGAAGCAGUCUACAUGAAGGCGUUCAUUCGAGAAGUCUUCAGAGUAUAUUCAACGGUCAUUGGUAAUGGAAGGACUCUACAGAACGACGCUGUCAUUUGCGGUUAUCAUAUUCCAAAAGGAGUACAAGUUGUCUUCCCCACCCUUGUAACCGGAAACAUGGAAGAAUGGGUUGCUGACGCAAAGAGCUUCAAGCCUUCGAGGUGGCUCAAAGACUCAACCGACGAAAGGCUCCAUCCGUUUGCUUCACUCCCGUACGGCUACGGUGCCCGGAUGUGCCUUGGACGAAGAUUCGCCGAUCUCGAAAUGCAAGUCCUUCUUGCCAAGCUUAUACGUUCGUACAAAUUGGAAUAUCACCAUGAGCCCCUGAAGUACAAAGUGACGUUUAUGUACGCACCGGACGGCGAUUUGAAAUUCAAAAUUAUCAAGAGAUGAGUUCGCCGAAUGAGACUCGUGAAAUAUUUAUUUGUAAACAGUAUAUUUAUUUGUAAUUUUUACAAUAAAAGAGCAAACUAAUGAA